AUGAACUCGCUGUGGUCAAGAGCUGCCGAUGAUGGUGCUGAUGCACCGAAAGCUUCAGAAGAUGUGGCCGACACAGGAGUUACUGAUGUAGGCCCUGGGAAUGCAAACGCAGCACCCAUUCGGCAAUCAAUGCCCGCGCGACCUCCGCUGCCGCGAAAUCAAAUUCAGCCUAAUCCGCCUACACAACCUUCUCCAUCGAUGAACAAUCAACCCCCUGAUUCGCUCUCAUUGGCGCAGCUGAGGCGUAUAGUGUCUGAAUUUCCUCGAAAUGAAGCUGUCGCCUACGAUUUCGAAUACACUGAUACGGGUCCACAUGAAGAGGAGAUCGACGAGUGGUUCGUCUACCAAUUCUGGCAAUGGAUUAGACUGAAUGCUGCUCAGAGAGCAUUCGAGUGGCAGUGGGAACACGAUAUCGCAGCAAGACAGGAUGAAAUAACCUGGGAUGAAGCAGAUGACGAGGUUAGAACAAAUUUCAUCCAGCAGGCUCUGGAUGGCGUCAAAGCUAGUGAUGCUGGUACCCGUGCUGCUGCGAUAGGGAGACUUACUUAUCUCGUUCUGGGUCGAUGGGCCGAUACUGCUGGGGCCCCUCCAGGGGAUAGGACAAAAAUCCGAAGCGUCGCAGCGCCUGCUCAACUUGCCGCGAUGAAGUCUGCUGUUAAGCUACUCGCGGAGUGGGAUGGGAUUCCCAUCGUAUGGACAGCUUUACGCAAUGCUUACGAGUUAUUAUGGGUGGACGAAUCUCUAAGGCCUCAAGGCAAUAGUCUAGCAGAGGCCCAAGAUGAACUGACGAACCUAAUGACCAUUAUGUACAUGUGUAUACAAGAAACGCUCGUUGACCUAGACGGCAUGAAUCUGGUGCGACGCAAGCUUCUGGAUUUGGAGCCUCAUUUGACGACAUUCAUGCUCUCAGCCUCGGCAAAACUUCGAUGGCAAGAAGUAAACGUUGUACCAGCUCCUCAGACGCUUUUGCUCCUAUGGAAAUCAAUCCUUCUUGAGUUUGGUGGGACUAAGGAGAUUGACGAAACCAAAAAGGCUCUUAGGGAGACGGCCGUAGACGACAAGGAGAAGGACCUAAUCACAGCUACACCUCUUGACUAUCAUGUAUUUCGACAAGAGAUCACUUCGAAAUACCCAGCCUAUGUACCCCCUCAACCAAUAAUACCCCUUGAAGCAGACAAUACUUCACUCUUACCUCCUCUACCUAACCAUCCUACUAGAAAUAACGGGUCAAAUGGUAUACUUCCCGCUGCUCCGGGUACGCAAAGUGGAGGCGCGUCGAUCCUACACCAGCCCGUCCACAUUGCCACCCCUGCUCCGUCUCCUCCGCCUUCUCCGGCAGUUGGCGGGAAAGGAGGCAAGAAGCAGAACUAUCAAACGAACCAAAACUUCCCGUUCAUGUACCCCCCGCUAGAUGCUACUAGCAACAGUGCAGGUGGUAAGGGUGGGGCUGGUCUACAGGAUAUCCUCGUUGGCCGCAAAUGGGAAGGCAGCGAUGUGCCUGCAUCCAUCCUCGAGGCCGGCGAACUGUUCUCGAAGAGAGUACGAAUGACGCGGGCUACAAGACAGCUAUGGGAAGAGCGAGAAAAGUUUCAAAGGUUCGAGAGAGGAUGGGAUCCAUCAGACGAUGACAUUGAAGAUCUAGACCUAGACGCCUUGGAAAUUGGCGAAGAUGUUGACGAUGACAAAAUCCUCGAAGCUAUUCAGGCGAGAGAGAGAAAGGCUCGAGGAGCGGAUAUCGACUACGGUCCGAACCCGUACCUCGACCCAGAAGUCAAGCGACGACUAGAAGCUAUCGAAGCAUUUUAUGCUGCCGCAUUACCGCAACUGCAGUCUCUAGUGAUAGUCCUCAUGAAGGGCGUAUUAUUCAAUGUUACUGCAUGUAUUGCCCUGCCAGCUAAUAGCCAGCAGCAAUCGGGAAUGCAAGUGAACUCCCAGCCCCGUGUCAACGGCGGCCCCGCGACAAAUCGAUCGCAAGAUAGUUCCAUGGGUAUCAGUAGCUUGGCAAACCAGGAUGGUACUGAGCCGUCUCUGGACGACUUAGAUGCUACAAGAUCCAGAGAAAUCGAAUCGAAAGCUGCCACGGGUAUCAUUCUCCUACUCAUGAAAUGGCUCAAGAUCUCGCAUGUCCUGAAGUUCGAGUACAUGUCACAGUUACUAUUGGAUUCUAACUAUCUUCCUCUGGUACUGAAGUUAUUCGCGCACCAAGACAUUCAACAGGUGGUCGAUAGCAAGACAGAUCGUCUCGAGCAUAGUUUCUUCCAAUUCUGUAACGAUCGUGCCCAUCCCCCGGAUAAAGUGCCGCAAGAGCCGACUGAGAUUGAUGGGCCCGAGGAAGAAAGCGAGGACGAUGCAGCCCCACCACCUAUCAAACGACGGCGAUCACCGCCCGAACAAGUGGCUGCAGCGACUGAAAUCGGCGAUGCUGCAAACAAAACAGAUGGACAGGUACCCGCUCGUCCUGAAGUAGACGAAUUGGGCUACCCAGUAAACCCUCUGCCGAAGGAACCUAUUACCGAUUUCUCGCGCCGUAAUUUCUUUGCCCUCAUCAACUAUCUGCGAAUCAUGCAGAAGAUCUGCAAGAAUAAGGCACAUCGCAAUUUAUUACUCGUCCAGUAUAAGUCGUCUAAUAUUAUACGCAAGUCACUUAAGGUACCACAGAACGAGCUGCGGCUCUAUACGCUCAAGCUAUUCAAGAAUCAAGUACCCUACUGCGGCCGCAAGUGGCGGCAGAGUAACAUGCGCGUUAUCACGGCCAUUUACUUGCAUUGCCGACCAGAGCUCCGAGAUGAGUGGCUGGCGGGUAGCGACGUGGAUGCGGAAGUGGAGGAGGCGCUACCACUCGAGCAAGCGCUCCGAAGCCUGACUCACUGGUUCAAUGUCCGGAGGUACCCGGACCAGAUGGCAGCGGACAUUAGGGAGGCGCUACGGAACGAGCAAGAUUUCUUCAAGCGAGAGCUCGAGAAAUUAGACGUAUGGGCCGAUGUCGGCCAGGUAGAAACCAUGAAUGCCGAAUGGGAUCACCUCGGACACGGCCCCGCAUACGGCUGA